ACACAAAAGUGCGAGUCCUGAUCCGUGAUAAGGAAUUAAAUAAAAAAAUAAAAAAAUAAAUAAAUAAGUGAAUAGGCGUGUGGAUGUUGUGCGUGUCUUGAUAUUUGACUGUGUGUGGGCGCCUCGCGUCAACGAGUGUGUGUCUCAAAAACAAACAAAAAAUUAAUAAUGAAAAAACGUGGCAAAGUGGAAGAAAUGCACGAAAACGCACCGGCACACACUCGCGGCAUCCUAAUUGGUUUUAGAGAGAAUAGACAGCUCAUGAACGGCCUGUCGCUAAGGAAUUCACCUUAGGUGUCCCCCCCCUCUUCUUCCCCUCCGUAGGAUAUUAUUUUAUUUAAAAAAAAACGAAAAGAGGAUAAAGAAAAAGGAGGCGAGGUUCCCUCGUCAUGUCUUUCUGGACAUUGGUUCAGUGUUUGGAGCAGGAGACGACCGGAACACAUUAACGUCUCCAAACGCCAUUUAACGCUGGGCAGCGGAGGCAAGUGGACUUUUCAUAUAGGUUUGCAUCUUUGCCAUGUAAUCUGUCGUUGUGAUACAUGCAUUGGCGUAUCAGGGGCCAUCCAUAUUUAUCAGCAUCUAAUUUUUUUUUUCACCAGAGGAGUGAUAUAGCCUGCUCUGACGUCUGCAUCAGAUAUUACCCAGUGCUUUUUCAAUGUGCAUUUUCCCCUCAGUGACUUUGCGCUGAUCUACAUCAUCAUCAGCAGCAGCGGCAGCAACGGGGGAGAGAGGAGAAGAAGAAAAAAAGGGAAUGAAGAUUUCAUUUUUCUUUUUUUUAAACCCACCGCUCCCCUUCAGCCGAACAGCGUUUCCAGCUCAAACAAAUAUCUUUUAACAACAUCACGUUGUGGAAUAGUCUGGCGCCAGAGCCUCGCUGGAACCAUGCCUCUUCUGCAGAUUUGGACUGGGAAAUUUCAUCCACCAAUUUGAUCUUCGGGAGGCUGCUGCUCAGUGAUUCAUGCCAGUGUUUGUUUUUUAAAGGAAAAGAAUACUUGUCAUCACUUUUAAAAGUAUUGUGUGUGCUGUUUUUUUAAGCAAGAUGUCUGAUCUUCUGGUGUUGGUCGAGGGGCUCUGUGACCUGCACGGAUUUCCAUAGCUUGGGAAGAAGGAGAAGAAAAAACAAAACAAAAAAGAAAACAGCGGGGGCCAAUUACAAGAUUUUUUUUUAUUUGAAAAAAAAAGAGAAGAAACCUAGAAGCCCAUUUAUUGAAGACAUCGCAUGCGUAAAUGUAGGCUAGUUUAUUCGACAUUUUUAAAAGGCAGUUAUUUUUUUAUUUGAUUGCCACUUUUUACUUUGUGCAUUUUUCGGGAGGACCACUGGACUGGUUGGAUUAUAGACACUACAUAUAUAAGGAUUUGUGGAGAUGUUGGGUCGUCAAGAAGAUAAAUUAUGUGGAAUUUUCUCUGUUCUGGCGGCUUUGUCCUUCGCAUGCUUUAUUCAAAGCUCCUCCACUGGAAGCACCGGAAUGUCUGUGGCCAAGACCACCGUGGACAAGUUGCUGAAGGGAUAUGACAUCCGUUUAAGGCCUGAUUUUGGAGGUCCUCCAGUCAUCGUAGGAAUGAGCAUCAACAUCGCGAGCAUCGACUCCAUCUCAGAAGUAAACAUGGACUACACCAUCACAAUGUAUUUCCAGCAGAGUUGGCGAGACAAGCGUUUGGCCUAUGGUGAGCUGAACCUCAACCUGACUCUGGACAACCGUGUAGCAGACCAGCUUUGGCUCCCUGACACCUACUUCCUUAAUGACAAGAAGUCCUUUCUUCAUGGCGUAACAGUCAAGAACCGAAUGAUCCGACUGCACCCUGAUGGCACCGUCCUCUAUGGGCUGAGAAUAACCACUACUGCUGCUUGCAUGAUGGACUUAAGGAGGUAUCCCCUUGACGAACAGAACUGCACCCUGGAAAUUGAAAGCUACGGAUAUACCACAGAUGACAUCGUAUUCUUCUGGCAAGGAGGAGACAACGCUGUGACGGGCGUGGACAAGUUGGAGUUACCUCAGUUCUCCAUCGUGGACAUUCGCUUGGUGUCCAGGGAGGUCAGGUUUACUACUGGUUCAUAUCCAAGGCUUUCGCUGAGUUUCAGGAUUAAGAGGAACAUUGGAUAUUUCAUCUUGCAGACCUAUAUGCCCUCCAUCUUGAUCACCAUCCUCUCCUGGGUCUCCUUCUGGAUCAAUUAUGAUGCCUCUGCAGCUCGGGUGGCCCUGGGUGUGACAACGGUGCUUACCAUGACCACAAUUAACACCCACCUUAGGGAGACUCUCCCAAAGAUUCCGUAUGUGAAAGCCAUCGACGUCUACCUCAUGGGCUGUUUUGUGUUUGUGUUCCUGGCCCUGCUUGAAUAUGCCUUUGUAAAUUACGUGUUCUUUGGCCGGGGCCCUGCGCAACAGAAGAAAAUCAAUGAAAGGCUGAACAAAGCCAACAACGAGCGCACAAGAUACGAGGAGAAGCGCCUGAGGGAACAGGACUCCAUUUCCGCGCCGUUUCAAACCAACACCUUCAGGUCAUUUACACAGCGAAGAAAUCUGUAUCUCGAGGAACAAAGAAAAGUUGGGGUGGAUGCAUAUGGAAACAUCCUCCUCACCACGCUGGAGAUGAACAACGAAGUGAUGCCUUCUGACGUGGGGAGCAGCGUCAGUGACUCUCGGAAUUCAGUCAUGUCCUUUGACAGCUCCGGGGUCCAAUUCAGGAAGCCCAUGGCUCCCCGAGAUGGCUUCAGCCACCACUCGCUGGAUCGGAGCGCCAUGCGGAGCCGGGCUAACUGUCGGCUACGACGACGCUCCUCCAAGCUCAAGUUGAAAAUCCCAAACCUGUCAGAUGUUAGCACCAUUGACAAGUGGUCCCGGGUCAUUUUCCCUAUCACCUUUGGAUUUUUCAACCUAAUCUACUGGUUAUACUAUGUGAAUUGAUGUGCAUCCCACUAGGAAUCAUGGGCCAUAUUUUGAGAGCACAUUAAAUUGGCUUUGAUACAGUUCCAAAAUAUGUAUACACAUAUACAAGUUGAACAUAUGUAUAUGCAUAUUUCUAUAUAUUAUAUUUAUAUAUACACGUGUGAAAUCUGAAGGACCAUUAUGCUGUACAAAGUAUUAAUAGGAUGACUUGAAUGUUUAAGAAUAAUUGCGAGAGAAGAAUUUCGAGGCUUUUGAGUUUCUUUUUCCUCCUGAAACAAACAAACAAACAACAAACAAACAAACAAACAAACAAACACAAGAUCCCGUCAGGGGAUUUUGGAACUAAAGACUGCAUGAUAUUUUUGCUAAAAAAAAAAAACAACAAGAAAAAAAGAGAAAGUGAAAGCUCUUGAGAGAGAAAAGAUGUCUCAGAGUCCCAUUGACUUUUUAUUGAUACUUAUUGUAAUCAAAAAUCCUCUACUGCAGCUCAUGAAAUCAGUGGUGGCUUGUCUGUUCAGGCAUCAGCUGAGUGAGAUCCUUAACACCCCCCGCCCCACCCCUCCCACCCCCCUGCCGACUUCACCCAUCCACCUCCCCCACGACCUCCUCCCCCUCGCCAUCACCCAUGGAUAACAUGCACGGAAAUCUCCGGUUCUACUAUGUACAGCAACCUUGUUUGGAUUAUGUGUUGUUCCUUGGGUUUUUUGAAGUGGUAUCGUUCUCUUUAUCAGACAUCAGCUCUGGCGCAUCGGCCUCCAUUAGGGGGCCGUGUGGAUGGGAUGUUUGACCGCCGCAUUCCCGCCCAGAGUCAACGCAAACUUGUAUUCCUUUUCUCUUCUCAUGUUAUUUUUAGAAACACGUCCUCGGGGUGGGGUUGGGGAGGGAAGGGGCUCUUUUUUCAUUAUGGUUAAAAACAAAUAUUGAUUAUUGUAGAUAUGAUUUUGUCUUAAAAAAAAAUACUGUGAUUUCAGAGAGUGUCAGAACAUGUUCUAGAGCUAGGGCAUUAUGAGAUAAAAAGAGUCAAAGGUAUGCAUUACUCAUUUUGAUUGUUUGAAAAAAAAAAGAGACAUAUUCUGUACAUUUUAUCAUUCAGUAUUCUCAUGAAAGUAUACUUGUGCUGUUUCUUUCCUCCUAACGCCUGAUCCACAUGCUCUUUAGGUGCAGAGUUCAUUGACGUCAUAUCCUGCUUUGUGUUUUUGCAAAAAGGAAACGGAGGAUCGCUUCUGUGAUUUGUUUGAGAUUAUUUCCACAGUGGAGAUGUAAGAACAUGUAUAUUCAAAAAGAGUCAACAUUAUCCGCCAACAGUUUGACCAGUUGUCAUUCAGUAUACAGUACUUCUUCGUUCGUUGAGCAUUUCUUCAGUGUUGGAGUUGCACUUUGUGAAGGCAAGAUUAUUUAUUUGGGGUAGUGAUGAGCGGCCCCUUGGCAGAAGGUUUGGGGAGAAAGGAUUCAACAUUUUACACUUAAACCCAGUCAGUGCCAUCCCACAAACGCCCGAGGAUCAGAGAUGACAGCCUACUCACGAAUGAUACAGUGAUUCUCGGGGAGAAAAACGCCUGAGAAAUAGCCAUGAAUUGAACGAAACGACGACCAAAAGGCCUAUAAUUCAUACGCAUUAUUGUGUUACACUGCAAUUCCAGUGCUCAGGUUCAUUUGCAAAGUAAAAAAAAAAGAUAUAUAUAUACCAGAGGACUUUAUUUUAUUCAUUUAUUUUUAGGACAUUAGACUGAAUUAUGGUGUUUAUAGAUUGUUAAAUCCAAAUCAAGUUAGGUUUCCAUAACCACCAAAUACAAACUCAAAGCCUUAGAUGGACAUUUGACACUAUGGGAAAGAUGAGAAAGAGCAAAAAAAAAAAAAAAAAAAGAUUUUCGUUUCUGUUGUUGUUUAGCUUCAACUGAAGUGCAUUUCAGCAUCUUCCUCACUUCCGCCUCUACUUCAUGCACACACAGGCAAAGAGCAAAAACCAAAUCUACCACUGCUACGUACGAAGGGAGAAAAACGACCACAAAAAUGUGGACACACGUAGGAGAAGAUGGAGGGCCUGCAGAAUAGUGACACCAGGAGGGGAGUAUCAAUUCAUCAGAAAUAUCCUCUUCCCUCUGUAGUGCAGGAUGCAGCAUGCAUAAGAUGUCUUCAAAAAGGAAUACUGAUCAGAAACCAAUUUAAGUCAUCGUGAAGUGUGUACAGUGAUGUGGCCCGAGCUGUGAUCUGAGUUUCGUAUUUCUUUGGUCUAAAUUUUAUGCAUCGUCGUCACAUUCUCUAGACACAAAUGGAGAACAGAGAUCACCUUUAAAUAUCCAGCAAAAAAUAAAUAAAAAUCUACAUGAAGUAUGUAGUACAAUGGGAUUCAGCAGAAACACUAAGUGAGCAGAGUGUUAUGUUUUGUGUAAGCAGCAGAGUCAUCUGUUGCCUCAGUCAUAUGUGAGUUCAAAUCUGUUGCCAAAAUAGCCAGUGCUAUUAAAUAUGAAAAAAAAGAAGAAAGUUGCGGUAAUUUAUGAGAAAGGUGACAAUCAGUUAAAAAAAAAAAAAUAAUAAAAUAAAAUACAUGAAAGUGUUUCCACCUCGGAGCUCUGAGGCAGGUUCUUUUGUGGAGAAUAAGUACAGUACGUCAUGUUGUAGAGUAGCAAACAUAAAGGCUGGAAUGUCAAAUUCAGAGUUCUUCACAAAUUGCCAAAUUGAAAUGAAUUAAGACUGAAAUGCAAGCCUGACAACAGAUGUCUGUUGCGGCACUUCACACCUAAAAAGAAGCCCGUUGAGCACAGAUUCAGCAGUAGACUCUGAUAACGCUGUCACUCUCGAUGGACGGUUCAGAAGCAGGGACGUCGUCCUUUUUUAGUCCUAUCAUUCUCCGUCGUCGUUAAAACCGAGCGCCUACAUUACCCCACAAUGACACUUGACAUCACUCGGGGCACAAAGGCUUUCAUGGAGCUUUUUUGCACAUAUGCAGUAGUACUCCCCUUUGAACUGACUUUGAUGUGUAAAACUGUUGGGGUUGCCCUUUAACUCAUUAGAUACAUCCCUGUGAUACGUAUGCUGCAAUUUAAAAAAAAAAAAAAAAAAGUUCUGACAUCAUUAUAGGUAUGGUUCUCUUUUCGUCAGUCGCUUUUUACAAUCAGAUGAAGAGCGGAUUUUGACUGUGCCCACCGAGUAUAGAUUGCUUCAUGAUUGGUUAAAUAUGUAUGAUGUUAGAUGUGGUCUUUGAGUAAAGGGGUACUUCAGAUGUUCAGAUAUUUAAAGAAUUAAACGAAGGUGGUAAUGAAUGAGUCAUUCAACUGAUACACUUUACACUGAUUUGUUUUUUGUUGUUUUUUUGUUUUGCAUCAUUUCAUUCUCUUCUGCACACAGCUUGUCAAACUGUUCAAAUGGAAUAUGAAGAGUUCAGUCACACUAUCAGGCCAGAGGAUGCUAUUUAUUACAGUGCAAAGCAUUAUUGUUUAUAUAUAUAUAUAUAUAUAUAUAAAAAAAUAUGGGCAACCAUGAGUGCUUUUUUUUAAGUAUAUCAAUGGAACAUGUUUGAUUAGAAAGAUGCCUAAUCCAUCGACUCAGUGAUCUCAGUGAGAUGCACUAGCAACAAAUUUUCAUUCAGGUUGGUUUAUUCCCAGAAAUGAUUUUAUUUUUCUUUCAGAUGGUCGAUGCAUAUCUUUAAUGAACUCCAAACACACACGGAGGAGUCACAUUAGCAGCCCUUGCAUGCUCACACUAAAUAUGUCCACCACUCAUUCCAGUCAGAACAUGUAUUACCUGCUUUCUGGAUAUAAAAUCUGCACAUUUGUCCCAAAAGCUGUGAGGAUCUUCUGUUUCAUUGUUUUUUUCUUUUAGGAUAUUUGCUUAUACAAGAGAGCAAAUACACUUUCUUUGACACAUAUUUUCAAGGAGUAGAGGAGGAGGAAAAAAAAGUGUUGAACUGAUUUCAAUGUGAAUUUUCUUGCCUCUAGUGUAUAUGUGUAAUUACAUGUGAAUUGUACUGUAAAUAUGAUAUCUUUCACUUAAUAGUUCUUAAUGCAUGAACAAAAACAUGGCAGUUCGUAAUACCAGCUAGCCUCACUGCUAAUGGCAUGGACAGCUUCUCUAGCAUUGGCAUACUUCUGCAAACGAAACCUAAAAAAUGAAACACAAGAAGUACACGGUGUGGACGAAAUAAUGGAGAAAUCAACACAGAGGUCCUCUCACAGUGAAGGAGUUUCUGGUGGCUCUGAGCUCGUACUGGUUCACGUGUUCCUCCGGAACAACGGCUAACACGAAUGCUGGUGCAGAUGCCUGGAGACUACAGUCUGCCUUGGUGCAUUGCCAGCGAAUGCAUAUAUGAAAAGCUGAGCUUUUCUAUUUACCAUAUACAAUCUGACCUUAGGAUUUGUGGGGGAUUUCAGCACAGAGUACCUGCUGCAUUUCAGUGUCAACAAUUUACUGGGAUCCACGAAUCUACUCAGAAAAUUAUGGGCAUGUUCGGCUAGCUGACUUACAGAGGCUAGAGGAGCAGGGUUGCCUUAAGAAGGCGAGGGGGAUGUUCUUUCCUGUUCCUCAAUAAGACAGUCACGUGUGCCCUUGAGCAAGGCACUUAGCCAAUUGCCCAAGCUGCUCAGUUGCAGAGGUCUGUGCAGGAUGGUAGGGAGCACCUUUAGCUAUGUGAGGGUACUGACAGAAAAUAGUUCCCCAAAUGUCCUUUGGUACAGUCUGGUCUCAUGUAACAGCACACGAGCAACACGGCAAGUCACGACCUUUCAGUGCGCAUUCUGCAUUUUUGGUGUGUUAUUUCACGCUGUGUGAUCUUUGAAGGAUAGCCUAUCCCUUUCCUUAGACCUAACCUAACCUAACCUAACCUAACCUAACCUAACCUAACCUAACCAACUAGCAUGUCAUUUAAUGUUGUAAAAUGACAUUAGGAAAGCUUAAAAUGCAUUGCUAUGAGGCAAAAUGUGCAGGAAGUGGCUAUUUAUAUGAAAUUCCAUGAUACUUUGUAGUUUGGUUCUGCACUAGUAAAUUAAACCCGAUACUGUUUUGGUUCGAUAAAGUGUCUCUUUAGUGUUUAUAGAACACAAUGUGUUAGAUGCCAUAUCACAUUUAGCCAUAACUUCCAGCUGGGACCUAGUUAUAUAUAUAAUUAUAUAUAACAUUAUAUAUAAUUCCAUUCUCCGUUGACUCACGUAUAGGACGCUCCACUGAAAAAGUGAACCAUAACCAAAUCUCACCCACCAAGACACCAGAACACGGCUGAAAGCCUCCUCACUGUUGGAAGAACUGCCGUUGGUGCAUUCAUUAUUUUGUAUGUACCUUGUAGGUUUUGUUUUGCAUGACCUGAGUUUUUGAAAGGUUUAUUUUCAUAUAUUUUUACUCCACACCAUCCGAUUCAUCUCCACAGCCAGGAAAAGAAAGAUCCAGUGUUUACAUGCUCAAAAUUGCACUUGUUUUACAGCCAGCUCUAUAAAUCUUGUGAAACAAACUGUUUGUAAAACUGGAGGAUAAAAAAAAAAAAAUGUAACCAUAGAACGUACAUGGCGUGAUUCGUGCGAAUCAUUAAUAUGUACUUCUAUGGAAAUGUAUUUACUGUAAAUCACGCAAUUUGGAAUAGAUGCACCAAGUGCAUGCUGUAGUUUUAUCAGGUUGAGCAUAAGCAUUAACAUCAAACGCCCUUCAACUACAAAGGAUGUAAAGGAUGCUCGCCUGUAGCAUCUGAACGUAAGCCAUGUGAUUGCACACUGAGUGGGUGUUCCCUGUAUUUUCUCUUUAAUAAGCUGCCUCUGGUUAUAGUCUGCUGUUGAUUGCUGUAUGAGGAUACUUGCAAGAAGCUGUGCUGAUUCCCAGUUACACAUCCGUAUACUGUAACUCCCUCUUUUGGAAGAGCUCGCCAGGGAGAGAUGCUUAACCAGUAGGCAAGAAAGAUUUUCCAACACUUUCUAAAAAAAAAAACUAAAAAAAAAAAAACAUUGGCAAAGAAAAGAACCCACAAAAUCGACAGCCCAUUUAUUUUUCAGUAUAAAUUAGCAAAUGAUUUUCUUCAUUUCUGUGUUCAUUUCUGAUUUAUUGUAUUUGUUGCAUUUGUUAUGGAUUGUUAUUCUUACUGUUGUUGUUGUUUUCUCAUAAGAAGGAAAUGUAAUUCAUCUGAUAUACUGGCACUGGAAGAAAAAUGCAUUUGGUUUUUGUAUCGUAAUUGUUUUGUUCACAUUGGGCGCUUAUUUGAUUCAGUUGUUUAAUAAGGUGUUUGAUUUCAUUUGGAGUAUCAGUACUCAUGGAAUCAACAUUUGUGUAGUAUGAAGUUGUAUUUUUUCUUUUUGUCAGUGCAAAUUAAUGUUAUAGUGUCAAUCAGCUUUUUUAGGUGUUUGAACAAAAUGUGUUUUUUACAAAUACAAGGUGUUCAAGUAUGUGGUAUAAAAAGGGUUAUCAUUCAAACAACCGACUUUUUACAAAUAAAGGCUUAUACAGUAAAGAAAGCUAAUGUCUUUUCAUUUGCCCUUUGUGGACUAAUAUGCAGCAUUGUUUCAUUUGACUCCUUAUUAAUUUCUUUUCAGAUAUUAGUCCCCAAAAGGUAAAUAGCACUCGCUGUUGCAAAAUAAGAGGAUAAAAUCAGGUAUUUACCAUUGCUAUUCCAGGUUGUUGUCAGAGCUCUCACCUCUUAGUUGGUGUCUUGCUUUUGAUAAGGACUGUUGGAUAUGAGGACAGUCCGGAAACAAAAAUUUAAGAAAAAUCAAGAGUGUCUUCUUUUAAUUUGAUUACGAAACAUUGCGCGUUUAUGAGAAUAUACCUCCUUUCAUACCCUAUUUCCUGAAUAAAGACGCAAAGUGA